AUGUCCCGACGGAGCGCCAAUGCUACUAAUCAUGGCGGAAGGGAUGGCGGCGCAGCCUCCGCCGGCGCGGCUUCCGCCGACGGGCUUGGCGGAGGAGAGGCGCGCGGCGUUUGCGGCGGCGGCGGCGGCGGCGGCGGAGGUGAAGGAGGCGGCUUGCGCGCGGAGCAGCUGCAGCGCGCCGAUAUGGCGGUGGUCGGCGCGCCGGCUGCCGCGAUCAUGCUGCCACGUGUCGCUUAUAAGGCGGUCCACGUGGCAGAGUUCGAGAAGCAGUGCCAGGCGCUAGUGCAGGACCUCCGCAGUGCGUUGGACGCAUGUGAGGCGGUGGAAGGAGCACAGCUAGCAGAAAGAGACAUCAGUCAUUUAGAACAAGCUCAUUUCACCUUUCCCCCCUCCCUCAUUUCACCUUUCCCCCCUCCCUCAUUUCACCUUUCCCCCCUCCCUCAUUUCACCUUUCCCCCCUCCCUCAUUUCACCUUUCCCCCCUCCCUCAUUUCACCUUUCCCCCCUCCCUCAUUUCACCUUUCCCCCCUCCCUCAUUUCACCUUUCCCCCCUCCCUCAUUUCACCUUUCCCCCCUCCCUCAUUUCACCUUUCCCCCCUCCCUCAUUUCACCUUUCCCCCCUCCCUCAUUUCACCUUUCCCCCCUCCCUCAUUUCACCUUUCCCCCCUCCCUCAUUUCACCUUUCCCCCCUCCCUCAUUUCACCUUUCCCCCCUCCCUCAUUUCACCUUUCCCCCCUCCCUCAUUUCACCUUUCCCCCCUCCCUCAUUUCACCUUUCCCCCCUCCCUCAUUUCACCUUUCCCCCCUCCCUCAUUUCACCUUUCCCCCCUCCCUCAUUUCACCUUUCCCCCCUCCCUCAUUUCACCUUUCCCCCCUCCCUCAUUUCACCUUUCCCCCCUCCCUCAUUUCACCUUUCCCCCCUCCCUCAUUUCACCUUUCCCCCCUCCCUCAUUUCACCUUUCCCCCCUCCCUCAUUUCACCUUUCCCCCCUCCCUCAUUUCACCUUUCCCCCCUCCCUCAUUUCACCUUUCCCCCCUCCCUCAUUUCACCUUUCCCCCCUCCCUCAUUUCACCUUUCCCCCCUCCCUCAUUUCACCUUUCCCCCCUCCCUCAUUUCACCUUUCCCCCCUCCCUCAUUUCACCUUUCCCCCCUCCCUCAUUUCACCUUUCCCCCCUCCCUCAUUUCACCUUUCCCCCCUCCCUCAUUUCACCUUUCCCCCCUCCCUCAUUUCACCUUUCCCCCCUCCCUCAUUUCACCUUUCCCCCCUCCCUCAUUUCACCUUUCCCCCCUCCCUCAUUUCACCUUUCCCCCCUCCCUCAUUUCACCUUUCCCCCCUCCCUCAUUUCACCUUUCCCCCCUCCCUCUCCAUUGUCCUGCGCUGCUAA